UCUCGAGCCCACAGUCUGCUCUUGCUGUCACCGCUGCCGCGGCCAUGCCCAAAUGUCCCAAGUGCGACAAGGAGGUGUACUUUGCCGAGCGGGUGACUUCCCUGGGCAAGGACUGGCACCGACCCUGCCUCAAGUGUGAGAAGUGUGGGAAGACGCUGACCUCCGGGGGCCACGCUGAGCAUGAAGGCAAACCCUACUGCAACCACCCCUGCUACUCCGCCAUGUUCGGGCCCAAAGGCUUCGGGCGCGGCGGCGCCGAGAGUCACACGUUCAAGUGAGCGCUGGUGCUGAGACCCCUGCCCCCUGGCCCAAUGCAGAUGCCAGGCCUUGUCCCCUGACGCCCAGCGCUCCCUUGUGGCCCCCACUCAAUAAACUGAGCACUGGGAGACCU